AUGCAGAACAAGUCCGAAAUGAGAGCUGAACAAGCACCCAAGUCGCCGAGUAGUGAUGAGACACCUAGCCAAAAACAGGAUCCGUUAGAAAGACGACGGCUGCAAAAUAGACUAUCUCAAAGGAACCAUCGCCGGAAGAUCAGAGAUCGAAUCGCCAAACUCCAAGAGCGUGUGAUAGCAAACGAGCUUCGAGCAGCGGCAGCUUUGAACGGCUGGGACCAAUCAUACUCCCCUUCUCCGCUCCUAUCACCCCGUCACGCACCCUGCCCUUCAAAUGACCUCCAAGUCAACACGCGCGACACAUCACCCAUCACCACGGAACCGCCAACGCCUUUUACUCCUUCAUACAACAUCACGCAGACGCCUAUAUGGCCAACUGAUUUUAAUUUUGCACAAUCCAACGGGUCGAUAACUGGAGAAACACCCUUGAUGGUCGAUGGUAGAAGCUUUAUGAACGAGACCAUGUGCUACGCGUCUUCGGAAAGCAGUAUAUCUACUACCGGCAUCCAAGUACCAAUGGGAAGCUGUCAUGAAGUAAAUUUGAUGCAAGAUGCAUUUUCAAGUCCAAGUCCAAUACAUACCAAUCCAAGCAAUGGAGUCUCAGCGAGCCAGUCACUCUAUUAUGUUGCAACAGGUGAGAUGACGACCUCGAAAAUGAUUCUACAAGCUAUGAGCAAUGUAUCUCCACAAACAAAAAUCAUUGUGCUCGUGCCACCAGAGCCUACAUCAACAUAUCCAUCUCCACCUCCCUCGGGGCUUUUGGGAAGCAAUUUAUUCGAGGGUAUUCAAGUUUCGUCUCCGCAGACAGGAAUUCAGAAUCUGACAUGCCAGUGCCAAGCCCAGCCAGCUCAUUUAGCCCCCAAUAAUGUGCAAGCUCUCUCUCGAUGGACUGUCCCCGCAUCCUUUUCCCCGGGCUGCUCCUCACAUAAAAUCUCAACACCAUCUAGGGGAAGCUUUUCAGGAAUCAGGUGA